AUGGCGCGGAAGAUUAGAUUAGGAAUUAUCACACCUUCUUCUAAUACUAGCCUUGAACCUCUCACACAAGCCAUCAUCUCCGGGCUUCCGGAUGUCACAGUUCACUUUUCUCGUUUUCGAGUCCUGAAGAUCAGCCUAGAUGAGGAUGGGCUCGACCAGUUUCAGACCAAUAACUUGAUCUCAGCCGCGCAGCUUUUGGCCGAUGCUGAGGUUGACAUGAUCGGUUGGAGUGGUACUUCGUCGGGUUGGCUGGGGUUUGAAGCCGAUAAAAAGUUGUGUGCGGAUAUCACUGCGGCAACAGGAAUUCCCGCGACGACUUCCGUUCUCGCGCUAAACAAGGCCUUGCAAAAGGAAGCCAUCAUUCGGAACUAUUCACGUGUCGGAGUGAGUUGCCAGAAAGAACGACAUCUAGACCUUACGAUGAACUCGUCUUUUGGUCGCGUCGACGAAACUACGUUAGACGGUCUCGUGAGCGCUGUGGCGGCUCAAAGACCAGAAGCAAUGGCAAUAUUCUGCACAAAUCUGAGAGCAGCUCAGAGGGUGGCUUUUUGGGAGGAUAGGCAUGGCAUCCUCAUACUUGAUACCGUUAUCACAGUCAUUUGGGAUAUGUUGCGAGAAUCCAAGGUUGACAUGAAACCCUUGGGUGAUUGGGGAAAAUUGUUCUCAAAGUAG